AUGAGCGACACCAGAGCUGAAUCGCUUACGAUCAAACUGCGGAAAGAAUUUGGAAACGUACCAUCAUGGAAAGUCUCGUCAACACAAGAACGUCUUGACGCCCAAUAUUCACACUGGCUCAUCAGGCUGAUGUACUGUGAGCGAGCCAACGACUACAACAGGUAUGGCCCAAUUGCACGCACGGAAUACAAAAUGUGCAAAAAGGAUAUCGGCGAACUUUCAGAGGUUUCAGAAGACACGAUAAAAAGAUGGAUAGGGGUAGACCACUUGAACGGUUUUGAGAUCAAGGCGAGAUAUCAACAGCUGUUCGAUGACAAGCAUCCCAAUGUGCGCAAAGCGAAGAAGUUACUAGCCGAGUUGAGGCGGGAUGAAGGAGACUGCCGCAUGGUUGGUGAAAUGCGCGUUCAGGGGUGGAUUGAGAACGGCUUCGACAUGGAAGUCAUCAAACAGAGCGAACUGCUCCUUGCCGUUAUGUAUCUGCCCGCCACACCUACCCAUGAUAUCAACGACCCAGUUCAGUUCGUUGAACACUGUCAUUAUUUUAGUCCUAUCGACGCAGCGACGAAGAAGUCUGCAGGAGAGGCAUAUGACGUUACGGCGAAAGGAUUGCAAGCCUUCAUCGACAAGCGCGAUGAGCUAUCCGGAUUCGUCAUGUGGGCCAUUCGACAGAGAAAUCUAGCAAUGACCAACAAAGAUGUACCAGAAUUCUGUCGCGUUGAAAUUACACCUGACAUGUUGAAAGAUCAUAGUCAGAUCCGCGAACGUCUCGGCUUCGACACAUACCUACAUGACCCCCGGUUGCUGCCCGAGCUCUGGACGUUCCUCCAAGACGCUGCUCGCAGACAGUUUCCCGAGUUUAGCGGAGAUCCUACCCAGGCUGGUUCCACACAAGAUGUCGAUAACAAUGGCGACGCGGACGUCGACAUGGACUCCUAUCCCAUCGUCGCACCCGGAACUGUCAACAACACGGUAGCCACAUCGUACCAGGGCCCAGCAGAUGGAGAUGUGAUGCCUGGUGCCGAUGCUGACGCUGAUGAGGAAGGAGACGCCGAAGACGCGGAAGACAACACUGAAGACGACGAGGACGACGAGGACCCGGGAACGGCCCAGCCAGCAGCUCAGCCAGCGACCCGCCAAGGCCCAGAUGACUUUGUACUAGAGACGGGAACUGUCCGGUGCACGGCGUGGUCGAAAGAGACAGACUCGCGAUGCAAGCGACAUGCAGACAACGAGAACGAAGACCGCCGGACGUGGAGAUGUCACAACCAUGAUCCGGUGAGGAAGGCCAAAAUCAAGGCUGAUCGUUUGGCGAGGAACCGCGCUGCGAAGGCGGGAAAGAAUGGAAAGAUGGCAAAGAAAGCUGGAGUAACGAAGCCAGAACAGCAGAGGAAGACGGCGGGCAAGAAAGCAGCAAACCUCUUCCACCCGGAAGUCCUCACGAAUCUCACCAUGUUCGUCUCCGCGUCGAUCGUCGGUAUCGUCUUCUACAUUGGACCCACGGUCGGGAUCGUCAUCAUAGUAGUGUUCGGAGCUAUGAUGGACAUGGAAUGGGAACGAGUUUCAUGGCGUCGCUACGCAGCGCACUUCUCGCAGUGCGUAUUGACGGUCUACAUCUCCAAUCUCAUUACGGAAACACCUUUCCCUACAGCCAUAAUCUGGGGCGGCGCGCCUUAUAUCGGACUCAUCGUUUCGCUCGCUACCCAGCUUGGGCCACCAGGUAUUCCCGCGUCGCAGAUGUAUUGCUCCAUCACAGCUGCCAUGCUAUUAUAUCCUGACAAAGCUGCGACCGCUCUCGGCAAGGCCGCCGAACCAAGUUUUGACAACACUGGAAUUCAACAUCAUGCAGUUCACUUCGCGCUUGCUUUCUUCGUUCUAUCGGAGCUGGAGUACCGUCGGCAAUAUAUUGUUGCGAAAGGCAUGGAGCACUUUCGUAACUACCCAUUGGACUUGUUGCUUGCCGACAUUGAUCUCGCCUUCAAUGUCUCUCGCCAUCCGAGUGUAUACUGUUAUGCGACAUCUUACACCGAAACGGGUGGAUUUAAACGAGGGCCCUACCUAGGCUCCCUCUUUAUGGUCCUAGAUUUUUAUUCAUUUUCUUUGAUUGGUGGCUGCUUCAACUAUGGGAUCAUGCUCAUGGUCAACCAAGGCCAUACAACGGAUUUACACUUCAUGUUUGCGAUCUUCAACUCCAAUGUCUUCUUCAAGGCAAAAGACCUAUGGGUCAUUUUACUGGGCCAUGCGGUUCUAUCCAGAUUCGUGCGUCAGGCCAACUUUAUCACGGUUUGGGGAUUUCUUCGGGCUUCGGCUCAAGCUCUUGACUGGUGGAACGGCAACGACACAGCUUCGUUGGACAGUCGAUACCCAUCAUCGCAAGGUUCGGAGACCGACUAUAGCCUCCUCCUUCCGGGCAAGACUGAAGAGAAGGUAUAA